AUGGCAUCUCCAUCAGCUCCAUGUCGAGAAUGUGAUCGUGGUUCCUACCGAUGUGAUGGAUGUCGCCAAUCAUUUUGUGAAUAUCAUUUUUCACAACAUCGACAAUAUUUAACUCAACAAUUUGAUAAUCUUACAUCUGAAUGUUCGAAUUUACAACAAAUUCUUGCUCUUCCACCAUCAUAUGAAAGUCUAACACAAAAUACUGAACUUAUAAAUAAAAUUGAUCAAUGGGAAGUUGAUAUUAUUCGACAAAUUAAAGAAAUAGCUGAAAAAACAAGAGAAAAAAUUCGUCAUCGAUCUGAUACAAUCGCAACCGAACGAUUUGGACCAGAAUUUCAACAAUUAACUCAAGAAUUACAACGAAUAAAUCCUUUAUAUGAAGUAGAUCUUGAACGAUUAACAACAAAAUUAAAUAAUUUAAAAUUACAAGUAGACGAUUCUCUAUUAACUACAGCUGAACUUCGAAUAACACCAAUUGAUUGGAAUACACAUCUUCAAGUUAUUACAAAACAAAAUACAAUACGAAGAAAUCAACAAAAUAUUCAUUUGGAACGAUUAUUAACAGCAAGACCAAGAAUAAGUUUAGAUGUUAGAGGUGCAGAUUGGCAUAUUUUAGGUGCUACUUCAUCAUUAAAUUCAUCAUUUCUUCAUUAUCAACAUACAAAAAAAAAUAAACGUUUAUCAAUUGUUAAUGUUAAUGGUCAACAAAAACAAAUACCAUGGUUUAAUGAUCAAUCAAUAUGGGAUAGUUGUUGGUCAUCUUUUCUCAAUAAAUUUAUUAUUUUAGCUGAUAAUCAACUUUAUAUAUAUGAUGAUAAUAUUGUAACAUCAGAUUCAAUGCAACUUAUUGAAGAAGUUAAACCAAAAAGAGAUAAAAUGGAAUUUCUUCGUUGUACUUGUGCAGAUGAAACUAUUUUUAUUACUUAUGAUGAACGUAAUAGUUCUAUUGAUGAAUAUAAUAUGAGUCGUUGGACAAUUGUUCAUAGAUAUGAAAAUAUUGUUAAACAAAAUGAAAUUAUAAUAAGUAUUUCUAUAUCAGAAAUAAAUUCAAAUUUAAUUGGAAUAACAGUUCUUAAUGAUAAAGAAUAUUGGCAUUUUGAAUUAAGAGAUCGAUCAAUGUUACUUAUUUCAUCAAUACAACUUGAUAAAAGUGAAUUCAAUCGACGAUUAAUAUCAUUAUCGAAUUCAUCUAUGAAUUGGCUUAUUGUUCAUACUGGAUCAACAUUUUUUACUAUACUUGAUGAAAAUGCACAAACAAAACGAACGAUAGAAUGUGCUGAACCUAUUGAUUUAGCAACAUAUUUCGUUUCACAAAAUUGUCUGGUGCUUUUAACUCAAAAGAGUAAAUUGAAAUUUUUUGAUUUGUAA